AUGUACAUAGUCAGCCGUGGCCUUCUCCAAGUGCUUGGUGAAGGAGGUUCCGCGCAUGGCCGGAUAAGCAAUCUAACUGGGGGUCAAGAUGGCUACUUAAAGUCAGAGGAACAGGUGGUUCUGGCUACCCUUAGGCCCGGAUCUUAUUUCGGCGAGAUUGCACUCCUCCAUUUGGAUCACCUUUUCAAUUCAGGCCAAACACAAAGCCUCAGCAAGGUGAAUGUCCUGAAUAAAAGAUCAUUACAAAUAAUACUUCGAUUUAGGCGGAUAAAAAUGAAUUUGGUGUAA